ACGCAAUUUAUGAUAAGUACAACAGGUGACUGUAUUAUAUAUCAGCUGUCAGGUAAAAACAGGUUGUAAUAAAUCUCAAAUGUAACAAAAAGACGAUGGACUGGAAUAAAAGAAGGAAGCGAUAACAGAAGCAGAUUUGUUUUGCUUCUAUUCACUUCCAAGUGGAACUUUGGAUAAAAUAAUUGUAUUUAGAAAGAACAUCAAUAUCUGCAAGAAUUUGAUAGAUUAAGCGAAACGAACCAUGCACAAUUUUGGUUUUAUACUCACCGUUGCCGUUCUUCUAACUGCGGAUUUUGUUCAUCCUGCCAGCAUCGGAAAUUGCCCGGUGGUCAAGCAUUCUCCAAAAACAAAAUGCGAAACCAACGAAGAUUGUCCAAAAGAACAUUCUUGUUGCAUGUAUUUACUGAACAGACAAGUCUGCGUUCCAACGGACCCAAACGCUUGCUUCCUGAAUGGUAAAAAAAUACCUUAUCAAGGUACUUUCAAUCGUGAUUGCGCGGAAUGUACUUGCCUGGGAAAUAACAACUUACUUUGCAACCCAACGCCCUGUUAAGACGAACUAAACCCAAUUGACCGGUGGCUGCAGAAAUUGUUUGGCCGACCACUGGACGAGAAUAAGAACUCAAUACUUUCGUCAAGUUACUAAUGAUUAUAACAAGAUGUCGUUGUUGGUAUCGAAAAUAAAAACAUGAACCCUAUCCCUUCCCCACUCUGUUAUAAAUUUGUGACCCAACAGAUGAGUCAGAAAUGGUUAUUAAAACACUGGAACACUUCUUUCUGACAA